AUGAAGUUCUCUACUGUCUUGUCUUCCAGUCUUAUGGUUGUAGCCGCUCUUGCCGCACCAACCCCAACUGUUCAAGAGCCAGUCAACGCUGCGUUUGAAAAGCGCGCAAGCGUUACCGAUACACCAGUUGGUUACGCUUCUCAAAACGGAGGAACGACUGGGGGAGCAGGUGGUACCACUACCACUGUCUCUUCCUUCGCCGAAUUCACAGCAGCCGUCAGUUCAAGCGACAAGAAGGUCGUCUACGUGUCGGGCCCAAUAACCCAGGCAGCCAAACAAGUCAAAGUCGGCUCCAACACCUCCAUCAUUGGUAAAGACAGCUCUGUUGUCUUCACCGGCUUCGGUCUCAUCGUCAAGGGAAUGAGCAAUGUUGUCAUCAGAAACAUUGCUAUUGCCAAGGUCCUUGCUGCAAACGGUGAUGCCAUUGGUGUGCAGAAGUCCACCAAUGUCUGGAUCGACCACGUCGACGUUUCCAGCGACAGAGACCACGAUAAAGAUUUCUAUGAUGGUUUGCUCGAUCUCACCCAUGCGGCAGAUUUUGUCACAAUCUCGAACAGUUUCGUUCACGACCACUGGAAGGCUUCUCUCGUCGGCCACUCCGACAGUAACGGCGCAGAGGAUAAGGGACACUUGCGCGUAACCUACGCCAACAACCUUUUUGAAAAUCUCAACUCCCGUGGCCCAUCUUUCCGUUUCGGUACCGGCCACAUGUUCAACAACUACUAUAACUCCGUCUCCGACGGAAUCAACACUCGUCAAGGUGCUCAAGUUCUCGUUGAGAACAACGUCUUCGUCGACUCCAAGAAAUCCGUCUACAGCACCGACGGUGGAUUCGCUGUGGCCACUGGCAACGACUUUGGAUCUGGAUCCAACACCGCUCCGGCCGGAACUCUCAAGACCGUACCAUACUCAUACACUAAGCUCGACGCUUCCGCCGUCAAGGCAGCUGUCGUCGGUACGGCUGGUGUUACCCUCAAGUUCUAG